CGAUUUAAGCACAUAUGUCAUUGCUGGUUUACGGAACCUGAAAAAGACGGUCGAUCUAACACUGGCAAGUUCUCUUUUAGUUUCCUCUCUACUCCAGUCGAAGCAAAAUCGUAAUCAGAUCUAGAAACCCUCAUUCCCCAUAGAAGGAUGGAGAAGAAGAGUAGGCGCAUUUUGAUGGUUGUGGCUUUGUUAUUGGUCAAUUGGGCACUGGCAGCUAAUGGUGAUGAUUCAGAGAAGACGGUGGUGAAGAUGGUGAAGGGGAAGAAGGUGUGUACCAGAGGAUGGGAGUGCAAAGAUUGGUCUAUAUACUGUUGCAAUCAGACAAUUUCAGAUUUCUUCCAGACUUACCAGUUUGAGAAUCUCUUCUCAAAGAGAAAUUCCCCCGUCGCUCACGCUGUUGGCUUUUGGGAUUAUCAAUCUUUCAUUGCGGCUUCAGCCAUUUACCAGCCCCUCGGUUUUGGCACCACCGGUGGAAAGCUCAUGCAGAUGAAGGAAAUAUCUGCUUUCCUUGGUCAUGUUGGCAGCAAAACCUCUUGUGGUUAUGGAGUGGCCACAGGAGGACCAUUGGCCUGGGGUCUUUGCUACAACAAGGAAAUGAGUCCUAGCCAGUCAUAUUGUGAUGAGUUUUUCAAAUACAUUUAUCCUUGUGUUCCUGGUGCUGAAUAUUACGGCCGUGGUGCCUUGCCAAUCUACUGGAACUACAACUAUGGCGCUACUGGAGAAGGUAUAAAGGCGGAUUUGUUGAACCAUCCUGAGUACAUAGAGCAAAAUGCCACCCUUGCCUUCCAGGCUGCAAUUUGGAGGUGGAUGACCCCAAUUAAGAAGUCACAGCCCUCAGCCCAUGAUGUCUUUGUUGGCAACUGGAAACCCACCAAGAAUGAUACUUUGGCUAAGCGGGUUCCUGGUUUUGGUACAACAAUGAAUAUUCUCUAUGGUGAUAUGGUUUGUGGCCAGGGUGAUAUUGAUGCCAUGAACGACAUCAUCUCACAUUAUCAAUAUUACUUGGACUUGAUGGGAGUUGGUCGAGAAGAGGCAGGGCCCCACGAGUAUCUUACUUGUGCUGAGCAGAUUGCAUUCAAUCCAUCCACUUCCAAUCCUACUUCAUCUUCUUGAGCUUUUGCAUGCUGCUUUAUACAGCCCAUGGAAUCCUCAUACAAGUGCUCUCGUAAAUAAAAUGUGUGGCAGCUAAGAUCAUAAAAUUAAUUUUCAACUUUGUAAUGUGUAAUAUGGAUUGGUUGCAUGCCUCUAGAUUUUCAUGUUCAUUUUAUGUCCGAAAUUUGCUUUGUAAGUGGUUCUGCAUCGGUCAUGUACCAUAUGUAUCAUUCAUUGUUCUGGGUUUUAAUUUCAAAGCUCUGUUGGAUUCUACA